CUAUGAACUCCUUCGCGCGCUGCCUAUCUCAGAAAAAGUGUCAGCCACAUCAUCACCAAACGCCAGCAGCAGCUGGAUACAGUUUUGCGCGAGAUAUCAGGCCUGGAAGCCAUUAUGGAUGGUGCAAAAUAGGUUAACCAGCAACUAGUUGAAAAAAAAGGACAGCAUCUCGCAGUCGAUGUCUCUGCACAAGGGUGUCGUGUCGGGUCUCUGGCGCUCGCCACCCGAAAUCCUGUCCCAGAUUUUCUACCAUUGUCUCCCAGAAUCUGACCACCAACUGCCAUCGGAGCUACAGGCGCCCCUGCUGCUGACUGGAGUAUGUCGAAGAUGGAGGGCGGUUGCUGUCGACACACCUAGUAUAUGGAGCAGGCUGUCUGUGAAGGUUGACUUGUCACACCGCCAGUGGGAGCCGCAAGCCUUCGGUUAUGACCUAUGGCUCAAGCGAUCACGAGGAUAUCCGCUCUUGUUAACUCUCUUCUGCGAGGAAACCGAUGCGAUGAAGAUACGAAGCCUUCUUCAGCCCUGCAUCAGGCAAUCUCGACACUCUGUCACCUUCGGACGAGAAGUAUACCAACCCGAACUUUUGUUACACGACCUCCCAGCACUUCAGGAACUGGCUAUCCAGGAGGGACGGAACUCAUAUGGUCACCUUCCAGUUAUUCCACGAUCUAUCACAAGACUGCCGCGUACCUUGCGCAGUCUCAAGGUUGUUGACCGGUGUUUCAUCACUAUGCGCUUAACUUCUUUCGGUCCCGUCAUGACCCACCUAACAAAUUUUGAUAUCGCCACACUACAGCAACCCGGUGCAAUCUUCCAUCUGCUCCAGCUAUGCCCCAACCUUUCCUCGCUCAAGAUAUAUGUACGAUUUGGCUACAGACUAGAAGACCUAGAAUCAUUCCCGCACCUCAAGAUACAAACCCUCCACAUCCGACGCCAAUGUUCGCUCGCAGGCGAUUUAUCCAGCUUAUUCAAUGCUCUCUCGCUCUCUAGUUUGCGGGUGCUUGAAGAUCACUGCAAUAAUGGCGUACCAUGCUUCCAUGAGCAGUUGAGGGCAUUUUUGGCACGCUCGAGGUGUCCCCUGCAGAACUUGGUUUUUGGCGGUUGGAAUAUACCGGCGGUGACGAAUCUGGAGUUAGAGGAAUACCUUGACAUCAUUCCCUCCCUCAAAAUACGGUUAGAAGAGGAUCACACUCAAUACUCGUAUUAAUACUGAUCAGUUAUUGUACAUUAGAAAUCAAAUUGCUCGUAGAACUGUCUUCAGGUAUACUAAGAUUAUUUAUCUGAAAGGGGUGUGGUCUUUAUAUUUUACUACAACCUGGGCAUUUAAACACAACUGGGCUCCCUUAGUGUGUCCGAAUUCACAUGUCUCCGCACCUCCCUUCACUGCAGAUGGGCCUUUACACGCUGCGGUGCUAGCAAGAUCGAACGAUCGAGGAAAGAU